UCGAUUAUUGGUCGAAUCUCACUUCAAUUUUUACGAUAAUCUUAAUAAUUGGAUCAAUUUCCUCAAUCCGAAUUAUUGAAUUGUUUGGGUUAUCGAUAAUAAAAAUGACGAAUUUUCUCAGUGUAUUAAUAUUUAUGAUAAUUUAUCUCUUUGGUGAAAUUAGCGGCCAUGGCAUGCUGAUGGAACCUGUAAAUAGAGCAAGUGCCUGGAGAAAAGGAUAUCGUUCGCCAAUUAAUUAUGAUGAUAAUGCUAAUUACUGUGGUGGUUUUAAUGUACAAUACGCUAUGAAUAAAGGAAAAUGCGGAUUUUGUGGGGACGAUUAUUCAAUAGAGGCACCGAGACCAAAUGAAAAUAAUGGAUAUUACGGAAAAGGUAUCAUAGUGCGAAGAUAUAAAUCGGGACAAGAUAUCAACUUAGUUGUGGACCUCACAGCCAAUCACGUUGGCUAUUUUCAAUUCUCGAUUUGCCAUUUAAAAAAUUCUUCAGAUUUGGAAACCGAGAAGUGUUUCAAAAAAUAUCCAUUGACUCUAAAAAAUAAUAAGGACAGAUAUAUGGUUCCAGCUAAUUUUGUCGGAUUAAUAAAAAUAAGAGCGACUCUUCCAAAAAAUCUUACUUGCAAGCAAUGUGUUCUCAGAUGGCAUUAUCGUGCUGGAAAUAAUUGGGGAAUUUGUCCAAAUGGAACUGGAAAAUUGGGUUGUGGAAAUCAGGAAAUUUUCAGAACUUGUUCUGAUAUUGCGAUUGACUGAAAAAUAAGAAAAAUCCGUUUACAAUUUCAAUUUUUUUUAAAAGUGCUAAUUCGAUCACAUUGGACGGUUCAAGAUUCACUGAAAUAUUGUUCAUGAGAAAAAUCAGUACUCAAGUAAGAACUUCCCCUAACAUUUUUUUAAAGCUCAUAUAGGAACAAAAGUACUAAAAAAGUUCCAUUUUAUUUCUUUUUCGAAAUUUGUAUGAGUGCUGAUAGGAUUUAUAUCCCCAAAAAGUAAUGCUGAAAUAGGAUUAAAGUACCCAAAAAGUUCAAAAUAUGUUGCCUUUCUCUAGGACUUUUUUUAGGACAAAAGUACUUGAAUGUUCCUACUUAAUUCAUUUAAAAAAAAAAGUUUAAAAGUCCUAAUUCAUUUUUAAGACAAAAUAAAUUUCUUUUUACUGCUUUAAAAAUUUUCAGAAUUGUUCUUCAUAAUUAAAUUUUAAAAUGUACUGCUAACAUAGAACAAUAGUACCAAUAAAGUUCAAAAUACGUAUCUUUCUCCAUGACGUUUUUAAGACGAAAUCACAGGAGAAUUCCUACUCGAUUUUUUGUAUUAAGACUUUUUUAGGACAAAAGUACUUAAGUAGUCCCACUUAAUACUUUAAAAAUAUGUAAAACUCCUACUUCAUUUUUAAGAAAAAGUUCUACAUAAAUUAUAUUUGAAUGUUUUCAAGAAUUUUAUAACAGUUCUUGAUAAUUAUCUUCCAAAAAGUACUGCUAAAAUAGGACAAAAGUACCAAUAAAGUUCAAAAUAUGUUUCCUUUCUCCAGGAAUUUUUUUAGGUCAAAAAUACUUAAGUAGACCCAUUUAAUUCUUUUAAAAAGUUCAAAAGUCUUAAUUUAUUUUUAAGACAAAAUAUACAUAAAUUGCAUUUUACUACUUUAGAAAUUCGUAGAGUUCUUGUUAAUAAUUAAAUUGAUAAAAAUGUACUGAUCAAAUAAAACAAAAGUAUCAAUAAAGUUUUAAAUGCGUUUCCUUUCUCCAGGAAUUUUUCAGGGCAAAGACACAGGAGACGUCCCACUCGAUUUUUUGUAGUAGGACUUUUUUAGGACAAAAGUACUUAAGUAGUCCCAUUAAAUUCUUUUAAAAAGUUUAAAAGUUCUCAUUUAUUUCCAGACAAAAUACUACAUAAAUCCCAAUUUACUGGUUUGGACAUUUUUAGAAUUGUUCUUAAUAAUUAUUUUUCAAAGAAAAUUCUACUAAAAUAGGACAAAAGUACCAAUGAAGUUCAAAAUACGUUUCCUUUAUCCAGGACUUUUUUAGGACAAAAGCGCAGCAGAAUCCCUACUCAAUUUUUUGUAGCAGCACUUUUUUAGGACAAAAGUGCUUAAGUAGUCCCAUUUAAU